CGGCGACCAGGAAGCAGCGAUGUGUUUACCUAUGUGUCAUCUAAACACUGCGACACCGAGCAUCCCGACCAGACUGGAGGCGUUUUAAUAACAUGGAUCCGAUCUGUGCUCGCUCCUCCGUCUGAGCCUCAGCAUGGCGGCUUCCAGCUACACCUGCAUCCAGGACAGCGCCACAGAAAAGGACCGUCUUCUCUCCUCUGGAACCAGCUAUGGGUCCUGGGAUCUUCUCGGAGAUGGGAGCUCCCGUCCCGGUCUGGUGGGCUCCGAGUUCCACCGGCAGCAGGAGGAAGAGGAGGAAGAAGCCCUGAGGAGGAAACUCAAGUACUUCUUCAUGAGCCCAUGUGACAAAUACCACGCAAAGGGACGCAAACCCUUCAAACUGGGCCUGCAGCUUUUAAAAAUCAUCAUCGUGACCGUGCAGUUGGUGUUGUUUGGACUCAGCAACCAGAUGGUGGUGACAUUCAAAGAGGAGAACACGGCGGCGUUCAAACACCUUUUCCUGAAGGGUUAUCAGGACAAUGCUCCGCAGGCCGUCCACACACAGAUGGAGAUGUACAGCCACAUCCACUUCGCCGUGGACCAGUACUUGGCUCUACCUCAGAUCUCACUGGGUCGGUAUGCGUACGUGUUGGGCACCGGCUACAAUGGAAGUGCGCUUUCCCUGUGUCAGAGGUUCUACAGGAAGGGAACCAUCGACCCCGUCAACGACACCUUCGACAUCGACCCUCAUGUUCUCACCACUUGCAUUGGACUAAAUCCUUUGACUUACAGUUCUGGUCCAGGAAACGGUGACUACAAGAAUUUCACUCUCGAAUUCUACAAGCUCAUCAAUGUAACAAUUGACUUCCAGCUGAAAGCCAUCAACAUUCAGACCAUCAUCAACAAUGAAAUCCCCGACUGCUACACCUUUGCUAUCACCAUCGUCAUGGAUAACCGGGUGCACAGCGGCAAAGUUAAGAUCAGUCUGCUGAAUGAAGCCUCCAUUAAAGAGUGUAAAGACCCCAACGUGUCGGGACGUGCGGAGAGCUACGUGCGGGAGUUCUUUGAUGUGCUGGUGGCCAUGGUGUGUGUGCUGUCGCUGCUGCUGUGUGGACGCUCCAUCCUCAGAGGCAUCCUCCUGCAGCACGAGUACGUCCAGUUUUUCAAACACAAACUUGGCCGCAGUGUGAGCUGGGGAGACCGAAUGGAGUUCAUCAACGGCUGGUACAUUCUGCUUAUCAUCAGCGACCUGUUCACCAUCAUCGGCAGCUUCAUCAAAAUCGGGAUCGAGUCCAAGACUUUGUCGUCUUAUGACGUGUGUGGGAUCCUGCUGGGAACUUCCACUCUGCUGGUGUGGGUGGGAGUCAUCCGUUACCUCAGCUUCUUCCAGAAAUACAAUAUCUUGAUUGUGACCCUAAGAGCUGCUUUUCCGAACGUUAUCCGCUUCUGCUGCUGCGCGGCUGCCAUUUAUUUGGGGUAUUGCUUCUGUGGAUGGAUUGUGCUGGGGCCCUAUCACGCUAAGUUUCGCUCCCUGUCCAUGGUGUCCGAGUGCCUGUUUUCUCUCAUCAACGGAGACGACAUGUUCCUAACGUUCGCUGAGAUGGAGCAGAGCGGCACGCUGGUGUGGGUCUUCAGCCAGAUUUAUCUUUACUCCUUCAUCUCCCUGUUUAUCUACAUGGUGCUGUCCCUCUUCAUCGCACUCAUCACCGGAGCCUACGACACCAUUAUGGCCCAAACACAGGAGCAGAUUCGCAUCACAGACCUCCACGCUUUCAUCGCAGAGUGCAUGGACACGCCCAGCUCCGGAAAGUUUCGCGGACCUGAAGGGUCGUCAUGCUCCGUCCUCUGCUGCUGCGACUGGUGAGGAGGAGGACCGAGGGGAGGAGACACAAAGGGAGGAAGAGGCACGUAAGUUCAAGGGCAAGAGAUUCUUGAUUUCCCCCCCUCUCUUUAAAGCACCAUAUUUCCACUCCAGUGAAAGCCGACUGCUUUUGCGCUCUUUUUUUCCAGACAGACACCCAACAGGGCCGAUAAAUGCCUCAAGAGUGAACCGACUGACCUUGGACCAAUUUGUCCUCUUGUUUUGCAUUUAAAUUUGCACCAGAACGGUAGAUUGCACUGUACGCUCAUGAGCCCAAUUACCUGCUUGGGCUUUUGUUCUGUAUGAAUAAUUUAUUGUCUCUUUCUGAAACGUCUUUGAUGACUAGACACACAGUGCCAGUAAACACAUUCAUCGCUGUAGACUGGACACAGGGUCCACCAACUAAAAUGAAAAUUUCCGCUUGAAUAAUCCACUAUGUACAGAAUUUUAUUAUUAUGUUACUGUCCACUUGGCUACCUAGGUAACAGCAUUUGUAUGCCUCUUGAUUAUGUAAAUAUAUGUAUGUGAUGUGGAUCUUUAUAGCAAAGGUAGAAGAGGCACAACAGGCAGAAGAGAGCUGGAAAACAGUAGCUAUUAACUGCAGUACGAAUGCAUUAGCUUCUGUAACGUUUUCAGCCAAGGCCGCUCCUCCUCUCCAGUUUAAUUUGCCCACUCCUCGUAUCCUUUUGUUCACAUCCUCCUGUGGCUUGAAGAUGAUGGCUGAACGAGGACAGACGAGCCCUGCAGCCAGCCAGGUAGCCAUCAAUAUGUAUGAGCCAGGUGACUAUAUGUUACAGAGCAUUUUUACUCAUGUUCCUAAAAAAAUCAGGAUUUAAAUAGUGUCAAGUGAUGUUUAAAGGAAGGUUUGUUGUACUUGAACGUCUUAGGCAGAGUGCAGUAACUACAAGAAAGAUAUAGCCUUUAAGUUUAGGCCGUUUUAUGCUGAUUAUUAAUCAUCUUUACAGCCUUUACAUGAAACCUGAGAACAAAUUUUAAUAUUGUAUACACAUUUACAAACAAAAACAUUCUUAAUUCCUUUUCUGCUCUCCUAUUCAAUUGAUCUACUUGCUUGUAAUUUACACGUACCUCAACCAAAUGAAAGCAUUUGAAUUUGACUAAAUGCUUCAAAGACUCCAUUUACAGCUACUAUGCUAAGCAAUAAUAGUAAAUCAGCUUUAACCAUGGCUAUCUCACCAAUUAGCCAGCUAGAAUUCAUUGCAGUUUGGCUUUUGAAUGCUAUUUGUGAAAUGUUUGCGUUGUUUUUCCUUCCCAAAAUUACAUGUUGCUUAGGGAUAAUAUUUACAGUAAAUGAAUAUACCCAAAAGUCCAGUUUCUGUCAGGAACUACAGAAAAAUUAUACAUUGUUUUUUGCCUUUUUGUGCUACUAUUUAGUCGGAGCUCCUACAUAAAACUGAAGAAAAAAAUUAUAUAUUGCCCAAAUUUAUGGACCAAAAAAAACAUUGAAAAACAAAAUGUAUUCUUGAUUCUACCAAUUAACUAGUGUAAUAAAUCAAAAUUGCAUUUACCUGUGCAUUUUAAAGGAAACUGAAGAAAUAAAGCCAAACUAGAGGCUGCAGAGACUGCAUUUUCUGCCACUGUGCUAAGCUAGGCUAGUUUCCUCUUUGCAGGGCUACGUUAUAGCUUUUCAAUUAACAUUUAGCUAGUGUCUUAUUUAUGUGAUGUAACAAGCUCCAUCACUUUUACUGACUUUUGAACAAAUGUGUGGUUACUGCAUUUUGGCUUUGCAGGCUCGUAUGUGCUGUAGGCAGCUUUAAAAGUUGUCUGUCUUUUAUAUAAUGUGUCAGAUUUGGACACUGACAUUGAAGCCACAUGUGAAAAGCUCAUUCAUUUUAUCAGUGAAUGAGUUAAGACAUCUCCACAAACCAGCACUUCUCUCUUUUUCCUUUUAAAAGAAAUAUUACUGUUAUUAUAGGAGCUUACUGAAGUGGUAAUGUCGUUCCAGCGUGCUGCACACGGUCACAUGAAGGGCACUGAGAUUUUCACUGAACAAAAAUGAAAAGGGACAAAAUGGAUUCAAGAUGCUGCAAAGAUAUUUGCACAUUUUUAUUUUUUAUUUCCUCACUGACAUGUUUACUUUAAUUAAUUAAUGCUGUUUACAACUACCAAGGUAGAAAAUAUGCUGUCUUUUAAUUAUUUUCUGUUCUCUUAUUUAUUUCCACUUAAUGACGACGGAUGUACAGCUUAAUUUGAUUUUAAUGUGUCACAUGGGAGGCAUAUAGAACAAUAGAGCAAACGUAAUGCAUCUCUUAGUGGCCUCCUGACACUUCGGGGAAGGUACUUUAAUGCUGUUUUGAUUAAAUGGUGUCAGUUACUGCUCAUUGUAUGUGUUUGCUUACAUUUUGAAUGUAGUCUUAAUUAUUUUCACCUCAUUAUGAGAUGUUAAGCAUCUAAUAGCUAAAAGGGAGUUACUUGGUUUCUGUAUAUGUGGGAUUUGUACAGGUUUUUACCUUCUUUUCUGUAAAGAUGCUGCCUUCUAAAAGUACACAUCUACAAAAUAAACAGUAAAAACACUAA